AUGGCAAGUUCGUCCUCUACCCACUCCAUCCCCCUCGAACGGGAAAAGACAUACACCUACGACAGUCUCCAGGGAUGGAAGAGCGUGCGCAUCCUCCGUCUCGGCCGGGGGAUGUAUCACGACGUGCGCAGAAGACUUCCCUACUAUAGGAGCGACAUCACGGAUGCAUUCACAUACCGCACGGUAGCCAGUAUCGUGCGCAUGUACUUCGUCAACAUUCUUCCUGCGAUAGCAUAUACACUCGACAUGGACCGCCGGACGGGCAAUUUCUACGGCAUCAACGAGGGUCUGUUCUCGUCUGCGCUGGCCGCUAUGAUCUUCAGUGUGUUUGCCGCGCAGCCGCUGACUAUUGUCGGCAUUACGGGGUUGAUUUCGCUGUUUAAUUACACGAUCUACGAUAUUGUAACCCAGUACGAGCCGUCUAUUUAUCCGAACUUUAUGUGCUGGACGGCUAUCUGGGCGGCGAUCUUCCACUGGAUUGUGGCGGCUUGUAAUAUCUGUGACUAUAUGCGCUACGUGACGGAUUUUUCUAGCGAGUCGUUUGGGAUGUAUGUUGGGAUUAUUUAUUGUAUCAAAGGUGUGGAAGAGCUGGUGAACGAGUUUGAUUCUCAUGGCCACAGCGCAGGAUAUCUGGGCUGUGUAAUAGCCAUGCUAUACUUCCUCACCAUUUACGCACUGGAAAAGCUGGGGUCGAGUACCGUGUGGCGGCCCGGGUUCAGGGGAUUCCUGGCAGACUAUGCUUACGUUAUCGGGACUCUGUUCUGGGUAGGAUUUGCCCACUUCCCUGGGAACCUCAAGUCGACCGAUAUCACCUUCGUCCCGGUGACUCGCGCGUUCUAUCCCACGCAGGCGCGGGGCUGGCUCAUUCACUUUUGGGAGCUGGAUGUGAAGUGGAUCUUCGCGGCGCUGCCGUUUGGGUUUUUAACCAUGCUUCUUUUUUAUUAUGACCAUAAUGUCAGCAGCCUAGGCGCCCAAGCCCGACAGUUCCCCCUGAAAAAGCCCGCCGGCUUCCACUGGGAUUUUUUCCUCCUCGGCUGCACGACUUUCAUUGCCGGUAUCACCGGCGUCCCGAUGCCAAACGGACUAGUCCCCCAAGCCCCAGUCCACACUGACAGUCUCACCGUCUACGAAACCGACCUGCACAUUAUCCCCACAACAGAAGGCGAAGGCACCGAGAUCCGCCGGCCCGUAACAGCCGCCACGCGCGUUGUCGAGCAGCGCGUCUCGCACUUCGUCAUGGGCCUCGCCAUCAUCGGAACCAUGACAGGCCCGCUGCUCAUCGUGUUGCACAUGAUGCCGACAGCCGUCUUUGCAGGCGUCUUUUUCAUCGUCGGCUGGGGCUCGAUCGAGUCCAACGGCAUCUUGCAAAAGGCCGUGUUCCUCAUGCUAGAGGACCGCUUCGUGCAACGCGACAAUCCACUCCUGACCGUCCGCCGCCGCAAGAUCGCUCUAUUUAUCGCGUGUCAGGUUCUUGGCGUUGCCGCCUGCGUCGCUAUCUCGCAGACCAUUGCCGCUAUUGGCUUUCCCGUGCUGAUUAUCGCACUGAUCCCGCUCCGAGUUUGGGCCUUGCCGAAGUGGUUCAGUCAGCGUGAGCUGGACGUGUUGGACGAUUUGACGGCGAAUAAUAGCGCCGUGCUGGGCAGUUUGGGCGGUCCACCGGUGUUUCCGGGGCAGACUGAGCCUGCACAGGAGGGCCUUGCACGGAGGUAUUCAGAGCAGAUUCGUGGGGUGCCUAGACAGAGGGCUGGGAGUAUUAGUCGCUGA